AUGUCCGACUUCCACUUCGCCAACACAACCAGCCCCGUCCCAGGAAACGGCACACCUCCACCCGAAUUCAGUAUAAAAGCCCCCUCCUCAACAGACGUCUGGUCCAAACCACCAAGCACCUCAUCCUUCACCGCACCAAUCCUCUACCGCUCAAUCCCACUUUCAACCUUCAAACGAGCCCGCGUCGCCUUCACCGCACCCUGGCGACACAAAUACGACCAGGGAGGUCUCAUCAUCGUCCUGCACACCGCAGACGGGGACAAGAAGUGGGUGAAAGCGGGCAUCGAGUUGACGCACGGCAAGCCGCAUCUCAGCGUGGUGGCGAAGGACCGAUUUGCGGAUUGGAGUUUGUUUCCUGUGCCGUCGGGUGGGGGUGCGGCGACGCUGGAGAUGGUUCGGGAGGAGGAUGGGAGUUUGUGGAUUUAUUUGAUUGAGGGGGUGUCGAAGGCGCCGAUUCGUGAGGUGACGUGGGUUUUUGAAGAAGAGGGGGUGAAAGAGUGUUGGGUUGGGGUUUAUGCAGCGAGGCCCGGGGAUGUUGGGGGAGAGUUGGAGGUUAAUUUUGGUCAUUUGAUUGUUGAGUAG